UUAAGGAGGACAAGGAAGAGGAGCGUGUUGAUUGUUUAGGUUUUGGCAGACAAAAUGGGGAGUCGAUCCUCCUUUGCCUGUAUGUUGGGACUCUCCGUCCUGCUUGCUUGCUCUUCAGCAUCUACAGAUGUGUUCGACAGCGUCUUGGGGAGCACAGCCUCCUGCCAUAAGUCAUGUGAAAUGACAUACAGUUUGCACACGUAUCCACGGGAGGAGGAACUCUAUGCCUGUCAGAGAGGAUGCCGUCUGUUCUCCAUUUGUCAGUUUGUUCGUGACAGUGACGAUUUGAAUCAGACCAAAUCCGAGUGUGAAUCAACCUGUCGCGAAGCCUACACUCAGUCAGAUGAGCAGUAUGCAUGCAACCUGGGUUGUCAGAAUCAACUUCCAUUUGCUGAGCAGCGGAUUGAGCAGUUGGAGGUCAUGAUGCCCAGGAUUCACCUGCUGUAUCCCCUGACUCUGGUCAGAGGGUUUUGGGACGAUGUGAUGAGUCAGGCUCACAGCUUUAUUACUUCCACAUGGACAUUCUACCUCCAGGCUGAUGAUGGGAAGGUUGUCAUUUUCCAGAGUGAGCCUCAAGUCAAGUUUUUCCCCCAGUUUGAACUGGAGAGAGAAGUCAAAGAGGAGCCACAAAAGACCUUCCCCAGGCUGAACAGGCCAGUCUACAAAGAAUACCAUCGCACUUUAAUCCAGGAGAGGGACAGAGAUAUGACCGGAGACCGCAGCUAUGACGAUGAAUACAACCUGUUCAGCUGUCUCUCAAGGAACCCUUGGCUACCAGGGUGGAUUCUCACCACAACUCUGAUCCUGUCUGUGUUGGUCCUGAUCUGGAUCUGUUGUGCCACUGUGGCAACUGCUGUAGACCAGUAUGUACCUGCUGAGAAACUGAGCAUCUACGGUGACAGGGAGUUCAUCGAGAAACAGAAACUGACUCCAUAUCCAGCAUCCUCCCUGCUGAUCAUCACCUCCAAAGGGCCAGAGGAAGAGGCCGGACCGCUCCCUUCCAAAGUCAACCUGGGCCAGUCUGACGUCUAGGAGAAGCCAAAAGCUGUACCACAGAAGGGACAUCCUCCUUUAUGAAUUAUCUGUUUUUGAUUUUUAUUCAAAGACCUGUGCUGUUUGGGGUCUUAACAGGAGUAACUACUUGCAGAACAUUUUGUAUUGGCUGACAUAGUGUCUCCUCUCCAUUCAAAGCUUUUAAAAUUGGAGUCAUAGAAAGUUGUUUUUUUUCUGUAUAUUGGAAUGAUUGAGGCAUUAUACUACAGUAAUGACAGCACAAGUCGUAUAGGUUUGGGGAUUUUUCUUGCAAUUUUGAUGUGUGCAUUAUCUUUCUGUUGGUGUGCUUAUUUUAUUGAUUGUGUAAACGAACUCUUUUGGACUUGAAGUGAUACAGGUUUCACCCAAACCCUCAGCUUUUGGUAAAAAUAGAUUAUGCUGAUACUGCACACUCACCCUGUUUGUUUUCAUGUUUCUACUGCGGUGAUGUUGAAUUUUACAAUAAAAUUCUAUGCUCUUAAUCUUAAUUGAUAGUGACGGUACGUUCUGGAGUCUUUCCUGCUUCACUGUUGUCUGUUCUCAUAAUGAUGAAUCAGAAUUAAAUAUAAGAGUGAA